AUGUCUGAUCAAAAUCAAGGACAUAACGAUCAACAACAGCAGCAAAGUGGUGAUCACCAACACCACCACCAUCAUCAUCAUCACCACCACCAUUCCCAUUCUCAACCUCAACAACCUAUUCCGAUUGAUCCAAAUGUAAAUCCUGCCAAUAGAAUAGGUAGAUAUCAAAUCAUCAAGACUUUGGGUGAAGGUUCUUUUGGGAAAGUUAAAUUGGCUCAACAUUUGGGAACAGGACAAAGAGUUGCUUUAAAGAUUAUUAAUCGUAAAACAUUAGCCAAAUCUGACAUGCAGGGACGUGUUGAAAGAGAAAUUUCUUAUUUAAGAUUGUUAAGACAUCCACAUAUCAUCAAAUUGUAUGAUGUUAUAAAAUCCAAGGAUGAAAUUAUCAUGGUUAUUGAAUUUGCUGGUAAAGAAUUGUUUGAUUAUAUUGUUCAAAGAGGUAAAAUGCCGGAAGAUGAAGCCAGAAGAUUUUUCCAACAGAUUAUUGCUGCUGUGGAAUAUUGUCAUCGUCAUAAAAUUGUUCAUCGUGAUUUGAAACCAGAGAAUUUAUUAUUGGAUGAUCAAUUGAAUGUUAAGAUUGCUGAUUUUGGUUUGUCAAAUAUCAUGACUGAUGGUAACUUUUUGAAAACAAGUUGUGGUUCUCCAAAUUAUGCUGCUCCUGAAGUUAUUUCUGGUAAAUUAUAUGCUGGUCCAGAAGUUGAUGUUUGGUCCUCAGGGGUUAUUUUGUAUGUCAUGUUGUGUGGUAGAUUACCAUUUGAUGAUGAAUUUAUCCCUGCUUUGUUCAAGAAGAUCAGUAAUGGUGUUUACACCUUGCCAAAUUAUUUGAGUCCAGGUGCUAAGCAUUUGUUGACAAGAAUGCUUGUUGUCAAUCCAUUGAAUAGAAUCACUAUCCAUGAAAUCAUGGAAGAUGAAUGGUUUAAGCAAGAAAUGCCAGAUUACUUGUUGCCUCCAGACUUGUCCAAGAUCAAGACUAGCAAAAUUGACAUUGAUGAAGAUGUUAUCAGUGCUUUGUCACUUACCAUGGGUUAUGAUCGCGAUGAAAUUAUCAAUGUUAUUGAAAAAGCAAACAGAGAAGCUGCCGCCGGUGGUGCUACCCCAAACAACCAAUCCAAAUCGACCAACGAGGUUUUGGAUGCUUAUUUGUUAAUGAAAGAAAAUCACACUUUAGUUAAAGAUUUAAAGAAGAGCAAAUCAGAGAAUAUUGAAUCAUUCUUGUCACUGUCGCCACCACCAAGUUCAUCUUUCCCCCAUCCGGGAUCCACCAGUUCAGCACCUGGUGUUCAACAAUCAUUGACUUACCAAACUUUGGCUACUGUUCCAGAUUUGUCUACUUUGCCUAACUCUACCAUUGCUAUAUUACCUACAAGUUUACCAUCUAUUCAUCGUGCGUACAUGAUGGAAACAAAGGUGAAUGAUCCACAACAACAAAUUCCUGCUCCACAACCAACCAAAAAGCUGAAAACCAGAUGGCAUUUUGGUAUUAGAUCCAGAUCUUACCCACUAGAUGUUAUGGGUGAAAUAUACCGUGCAUUGAAAAAUUUGGGUGCUGAAUGGGCCAAGCCAACUGAAGAAGAAUUGUGGACAAUAAGAGUAAGAUGGAAGUACGAUUCCACACAACAAUAUGAAUGUGGAAAUGCUCCUAAUUUGAUGAAGAUGCAAAUCCAAUUAUUCCAAUUGGAGCCAAAUAAUUACUUGGUUGAUUUCAAGUUUGAUGGUUGGGAACAAACGAAUGAUGAUAAUGCCAAUAACAACCAUUCUAAUACAUCACAAGAUCAUAAACAACAAGAUUUAGACGAAGUUGGUUCAUUUUCAGCUUAUCCAUUCUUACAUUUAGCUACAAGGUUAAUUAUGGAAUUAGCAGUAAAUAGUCAAAGUGGAUAA